AUGGGCCAAUUCGACUGGUUCAAGAAAAUCGGCGCCACAGACGAAGCCGUCGCCGUCCUCAACGACCAGCCCUACCUCUUCACCACCCUCGUCGUCGUCAUCGUCGUCCUCCUCGCCCAGUCCGGCCUGCUCUGGUUCAUCCACUGGGCCACCUUCAAGCCCUCCCAGAAAAAGGCCCCCAAGAAGGGCGCAGCCGCCGCUGCCAAGCCCGGCGGCGGCGGCCUGCUCGGCAAAAUCACCGGAGGGAGAGGCUCUGACAAUUCUCGCCGCGCGGCCGGUGGCAGCUAA